AUGCUGAAAUUAACGCUCUUCAUCGCAGCCAUAGCGUCGGUACACGGCCAGUGCUUGGACAAGGAUGUGUCUAAGGCGAAUCCAGAAUCCCGAAUAGAUUUAUAUAAGGGCCAGCUGCACUUCACAUUGGACCUCUUUAAUUCCAUAAACAAAGCUGUGCCGGAAGAUAAUAUAUUUUUCUCACCAUUCUCCGUGUACCACGCGUUGCUAUUGGGGUAUAUUGCUGCCGGCGGACGGACAGAACAGAAUCUGAAGCAGGCGUUGAAGAUCUCAGACUCUAUGGACAAGGUGAACCUGCUGACAGCAUACAGAGUGGACAAAAGGUCACGAGAGAUGAACAAUAACAGCGACAGUUACGAGUUCACGAAUGCAAACAGGAUGUUUGUGGACAGCGGCCUGAACGUCAGACAAUGUGUGCGCGACCUACUUUUGGAUGAAUUGCAGGCGUUGAACUUCCAUGAGAACCCAGUCGCAGCUCGGGAAACCAUCAACAGCUGGGUAGAACGCGUUACAAAGAAUAAUAUCAAGGAUCUAAUACCCGCUGACGGUAUAUCCGAAGCCACCAAGCUGGUGCUGGCAAAUGCAGCGUAUUUCAAAGGCGUGUGGGCGUCCAAGUUCCUGGUCGAAAGAACGAAGAAGCAGGUGUUUUUUGUGUCUGAAACCCGACAGACCUUGUGGCCUUUUAUGAGACAGAAGGGAAUAUUUCAUUACAUGGUAAACGAUGACCUUGGAGCACAAAUCCUGGAACUUCCAUACAAGGGCAAUGACAUCAGCAUGUAUAUUCUUCUCCCGCCGUACUCCAUGAAGGAAGGAGUAUCGAAUAUAAUAGCGAAGUUGACACCUGAACGACUAGCCGCAGUUGUGGAGGAAGGCUAUAUGGGACGGGAGGUGGUGGUGGAAAUUCCCAAAUUCACAAUUGAAAGGAGCUUGCCUCUUCGUACGAUAUUGCAAAGUCUGGGCGCGGGCGAUCUUUUCAACGCAACAUCCGAUUUUUCAUCUCUCACUGAUGACCAUGGAAUAUACUUCGACGAUGCCAUGCAUAAAGCCAAGAUUCAAGUCGACGAAGAAGGUACGGUAGCAGCUGCUGCAACAGCGUUGUUCGGUUUUCGUUCCUCUCGUCCCGCGGAGCCGAGCGUCUUCAUAGCCAACUUCCCAUUCGUAUACAUUCUCUACGAGAAACCCACGAACUCAGUUCUCUUUAUGGGAGUCUUUAGGGACCCCAAGAAAUAA